GCAAUGCAGCAUAGGUUCCAGCAAAGAUAAUAAACAAUUGCGUUUUAAAUUUUCCCAGUGCGAUGAACUUCAAUUGAACUUGAACAACAGCAAAGGUCAGUGGUAUACUGAAGUCAGACGGUGCUAGAUGUUGGAAAUGGAUUCGGAUCAGGAGAAGGACUUCGGAGACAGACCGAGUCCCUUCAAGGACCUACUGAAUAAAAAGACACCCCAGUUCAACGAUGACUCACAGGAUCGCAUCCCCUUCUGCCAAGUGAAGCAGAUUAUGAGCAAAGUGAAGAAAGCCCAAUUGGCCAAUCAGAAUGUCAACGAUGACUCAUCAGCAUCAUCAUCAUCAUCAUCACCUUUGCCAUCCAAUGUGACUUCUUCUCCAAAUGACAAUUACAAUACAUUCAGUAAUGUCACAGCCACUCCUAUGCAACCUCCAGUGCCAGAUAGAUCGUCCUCGUUUGAGAUCGAAAAAGGGGAAAUCAGUGGCAGUAUUUUGGAUCUUGACUUCAUCUACGAUGAUUCAGACCACUUCAUAUCCGAAUUGUCAGAGUUCUAUGCAUACACAGAGGUUUCUGAUUUUGACCUGAACAAAGAGAGCUUCUACGAGAUAGUUGGAGCAGAUAAGAAGUGGAGUGCGAUGAGUGUGAGGGAGAGGAGGAGUUGUGUGCUGGUUAUUCUGGACUGUCUCGAAGUGGCCUCCGAGGAGAGACGUCUGGCUGCCAUCAGGGCACUAGCCUAUUUGUGCCAGGGAAACUUCUCGGAGGUCGAAUCAGAAGAAGAUGUAAUGACGUGGACCCGAAAGAACUGUUUCCUGCUCUACGAAAUGGGCAUCUUCUUAGCUCUGUUUGACACCCUCAAGGUCAGAGUGGAUGCAUAUCUGCCACGUCAAGGGGACAAGACAGUAGCUGGUCCAGGUGGCAAUUAUGGCAAUACUUAUGCGGCUGCAACAGUGGCGGGACCUAAUGCACAAGGCACAGAUAAAAAUGGAGCGCCACAGAGGAAGCCGAAUAGUCAGCAGGCGGCCACGUUGGGAGAUUGUGUUGAAUUGAGAACCAUUUUGUCUGUACUGUACACGAUAACGGAAGUUCUGCGCACCUCAGAUCUAGAUGACACUCAUGAACAGACUGAAAUGAGAGCUCAGUUUGCAGAGGAACUGGGUCAGCCGAUAGUGGACGGGGAACUGCCGGCUGUGAUUCUGUUCCAGCUAGUGUUGAAUGUAGCCAGUGAUAAGACUUCGCCUAUACCUACAAAGAAGACACUUCUGUUGUUGUGGAAGUUUAUCCUGACUUCACUUGGUGGAUUGGAACAUGCACAGGAGCUAAAGAACAAAACGAGAAGCGCACUGGGACUCGAACCACUGCCGGAAGACUCAAUCAAAGUGAUUCGCCAAAUGCGAGCAUCAACUCCACCCCUCAUCGCUUCUGAGAUGCUAGACCAACAACAGAAUCCAGGAGCCUCUCUGAUUGGAGGAGGUAGUAACUCAGGAUCUCCGACUCCGGCCGGGAAAAAGAGAGCGAAUGCUGUGUCGAAUAGUGUGGGAAAGAGAUCGGAGGCGAGAGCUAAUGCGUCAGGAGAUGUGAGUGGUCCACGUGACAGUAUGAGUUUGGACGAGAUUAAUGAGAGGGAGGGAGAUGGAGAGGGGGAGGAGUUAGAUGACUCCCUUGGGGUUGAUGAUGGGGGAGGGGCUGGCGAUAGUCCAGAUGAUGAGGAAGUGCUGAUCUCUUUAGAACCCACUCCCGAGAGGGCUAGGGAACCGAGAGCACUGCCAUGGCAGCCCAAAAUUAGAACAAAAGACAUCCAAGAUUUCCUGGACCACUCCCGUAUAAAAUACGUCGGCUACAAACUCAAAUCGGACCCGGAACCUGACCUGACCACUCUAGCCGGACUUCCUCAGCCGAUCAAAGAGAGCAUCUCAAUUCUGAGACAACACUUGUACGUGCCUCUGAGUGAAGUGCAGUUGAAGCAGGAGGAUCUGUUGUUGAAGCACCCCAUCUCUCUGGGCAGGGAGGAGGAGGUGGAGGAGACGCCGACUGAGUUGCUCUAUAAAGCCAUACAUCCAAACCUACCUCAGUACAUGAUAGCCCUGCUGAAGAUCCUGCUGGCUGCCACGCCCACUUCUCCCCAGGGCAAGAGUGACACAGUCAACCUCCUCUCAGAUCUACUUCCUCCACAGAUGCCGUCGGGAGUGGUUGAGGCUAUGAAGUUCACCAUAGAUGUGAGCAGACACAAGGAGAUCAUAGUCAAGGCAGUAUCCGCUCUACUCCUCCUUCUCCUCAAACACUUCAAACUAAACCACGUCUGUCAGUUUGAGCACUGUGCACAACACAUGGUCUUUGCCAACUGCAUCCCCCUAGUGCUGAAGUUCUUCAACCAGAGCAUCGGCAACUACGUCCAGGCCACCCACUCUAUAGCCCCCCUCCAGUUCCCCACUUGUGUGGUGGGGGAGAGGGAGGAGAUUAACGAGGAGAACGUCAAGCCACCCGAGAAGGGUCCCACAUACUACUGCUGGCGGAAUCUGUUCUCAUGUAUUAAUCUGUUGCGCAUCCUGAACAAACUGGUCAAGUGGAAGAACUCAAGAAUCAUGAUGCUGGUAGUGUUCAAGUCAGGUCCCAUUCUCAAACGAGCACUCAAGGUGCGUCAAGCGAUGCUGCAACUGUACGUGUUGAAGCUGAUCAAAGUGCAGACCAAGUUCCUCGGCCGACAGUGGCGGAAGAGUAACAUGAAGACGAUGAGUGUCAUCUACCAGAAGGUGCGCCACAGACUACACGACGACUGGGCAUUCGGCAACGAACCCGACUCGCGUCCUUGGGACUUCCAAUUAGAAGAGGGUCUACUUAGAAGCAGAGUUGAGAAGUUCAACACGAGGAGAUACGAGAGCCACUCCAGCAACACAGCCAACAAUGGAACCACAGGCAGUAUCGAAUCCACCUACGAACCAGUGGACAACAAUUUACACUCUCUUUUGAACCAGGAUGUGCAGUUGCCAAGAGUAUUCACUGAUAAUUACGAACAGUGGCUGGAAAAAGAAGUAUUUCUCAGAAACAUCAACUGGGAUGUUCUCCUUGAACAAUGAGACCACUUCUUUGGUAUUUUCCGUUAAAAACUUGUCUUCGGAAAAAAACUAAGCUAGAAAUAGAUGCAGCAUGUUUGUCUUCCAAAUGAGGUUAAAUGGUAUUGUCCAUGGUCAAUGCUCUUGAAGAGUCAAUUUACGAGAUGCAAUUAUCAAAGAAAUCGAACAAAUCAAUAGAUGUCAGAAGAACUUGUACUGUCUUGAAAUAAUUAUAAACUAAUAUUGAAUAAAUCUUUGUUCAUAUACUAGUUUAAAUUAAAAUUUUAGUUAAAAUAUUUAUUGCUUAAUGCUCAAUUUUUUUGAAUUUUGCAAGAGAUUUAUGCUGCUUUCUCAAUCAAGUUU